UGUGUCUUAACUCUUAAAUAAAUAAUUGACUAUAUUUUCCGUUUUGACCACUUGGAACUUAUCAAAGAUAUGAAAAUACGGAUAUUCUGCAGUUAAAAUUGAUGAAAUGUUGGUUCUUCUCAAUCUCCCCUUAUGAAUGUGUUGCUGGUACUGAUACUGUUGAUGUUGACUUUUGACGAUGAAGUUAAUUGUGGCCGUUCACAGUGACGAGAACAAAUGAUCAGCGGAGCGGCAAUCUGCUUAUAGAGCCCGUCCUCAUCAUCAGUGUGAAAGAUAUCUCAAACGUCCUUAUAGUCACAAACUCCCAAGAUCUCUUUGUGGGACCUGCGUUAAAAUCAGUCACAAAUGCACCGCAGAACUCCGACACAUUCGUCAUCCGAGGAGGACACAAAGCUUGAUUUAAAAAAGAGAACCGAUGUGGAAAACCGCAAUGCAAAAGUAAGGAAGCGACAAGGACUUAACAUGGAACAAAAGAAAUCUGCGGAGGAGGAUCUGGUUCCCAUGGAAGACAGCGACCCAUUAUUACCUAAUGUACAAAAUGACGUUAAAGGGGUGAUGCAAUCUAUGUCAAGGCAGCCUAUGAAGCGAUUGACCUUACUUACGAUCGGGAUUGUGUUCUGCCAGAUCUUUUGCGAAAUAGCAAAACAAGUUAGCAAUUACAGCAUCAAAUACUACAAUGAGGGCAUCUACCCCCUGCCCCAAACUGCCAUUGUUGUUCUCGUGGAAGUGAUAAAAUUAUUGGUCACAAUCAUCAGAGCAAAAGGGUCCAUUCCAUCGUUGAGUAUCACGUCCUUGAAAUCCUCGCUGCGAUUCUUGCUUCCGGGCAUGCUGUACGCUUUGAACAACAAUAUUUAUUUCUUCGGAUUGACCAUGGUACCUCCGCCGAUCUGGCUGAUCCUUUGUUCCAUGCGUACGGCGAUUACUGCCUCCAUCUACAAAUUCUUCUUGAAACGACCUCUUACAUCUUGGCAAUUUAUCGGUGCGCUGCUGAUUGUGAUGAGCAUUGUCAUUGCCAAAAUCCCGGAUAUUUUGGGAAAAUCGCUGGUGGUGAACUCAGUACCACUCUUGGCCAUUGGCUUGGCGAUGAUUGCCUCGACAAAUUCAGUUUGUGCUGCCGUGUACACCGAGUCACUUUUCAAGUCUGGAGGAGGAAUCAAGGGAGAAUCUUUCUUGGACCAACAAUUCUGGUUAUAUUCCUACGGCAUCAUCAUCUCCAUUGUCGUCCAUAUAAUACCCAAUCCAUAUUAUGGAAUUAGCCAGUACUUAAGAGAUGUAGAAAGGAUGUCGGGAGCAGUCUUCUCGUUUUUCUUGGUGGCCCUUCUUGUCAGUUCAAUUGGCGGAUUGGUAGUCGCUUCAAUCCUGAAAUAUUUGGACAAUAUCGUUAAGGAGUAUUCGGGGUCUGUAGCCAAUGUUUUAACAGCAAUCGUUUGCGCCUAUUUAUUUCCUGACAAGUUUGAAUUCAACAUCUUCAUCGUCAUCAGUCUCAUUUGUUUAUUUGUUGGGAUAUAUCUAUAUGAGAAUAUGAAAGCCGAACCUUCAAAUAACUAUCAUUAAAUCAUUAGGUCACGUUAUUACCAGAAGCAAUAAAAAUAACUUGAAGUUGA